CACCUCAUAAUCUCUGCGAACAGUUCCAUGGGCUGGACUAUAAGAGAGCACUUGUGAAUAGGUCACUAUUUAUUGCGUGCAAACGAGAGGCAUGUGCCUGUGACAGCGUAAAUCCUCGACCAAACUUUUAAAUAUCAGCCAUACAGAAGAACAGAAGAACAUCUGUUCCCGCUUCACGCAUACGCUGACAUAAGUUAUUUCACAGAUGGGGCUGUAGCCUGUGUCUUGGAAUAAUGCUUUGUUGAGAAUGUUCUGAGAAGUGAGGAAGCAGGAUGAUCAAAGAAACCUUGACGGUAGAUACAGAUACCACUGAGAGUUAGAACUGGGUUCAUUUAGUGUUAAGGCCAAGAAGAAGAAAAUUGUUCCAGAAAUGGCUACACAAGCACCAAAAGACAAAUACAAAGCAGUAUGGCUGAUAUUCUUCACUCUGGGGUUAGGAACUCUUCUACCCUGGAACUUCUUCAUGACAGCUACCAUGUAUUUCACCAACCGUCUGGCAGACCCUCAGCCCAUAACUGAUGACAAAGUUUCUGCCAAUGAGACAGAAGCUGCUGGAGAUAGCCGGAACUUUCUGCAGGCAAAAUUCAAUAAUGUCAUGACACUAUGUGCCAUGGUGCCUCUGUUGGUUUUUACUUGCCUCAACUCCGUCUUGCAUCAGAAGGUUCCUCAGAAACUGAGGAUGGCGGGUAGUCUGGUUGUGAUCUUGGUGGUGUUCUUGCUGACGGCCAUCCUGGUGAAGGUGCAGAUGGAUCCUCUGCCUUUCUUUGUAGUCACUAUGAUCAAGAUAGUCUGCAUUAACUCCUUUGGUGCUGUGCUCCAGGGAAGUCUCUUUGGUAUCGCCGGUCUUCUCCCAGCCUCUUACACCACACCUAUCAUGAGUGGACAGGGGAUGGCUGGCACCUUUGCUGCCCUUUCUAUGAUCUGUGCCAUUGCGAGUGGUUCUGAGAUUCAGGACAGUGCUUUUGGGUAUUUCAUCACUGCUUGUGUAGUGAUUCUCAUAGCCAUUGUAUCUUACAUUGCCCUCCCUAAACUGGAGUUUUUCCAGUACUACCAGAAGAGUCAGAACAAUGUCAUGGAGAAUAUGGAAAGUCAAAUGGAACAGCUGAAUAAAGAGGAUGGAGCAGAGAACAAGCCGGUCCAGCAGAGCACAUCCAUUCUGGGAAUCUUUAAAAAGAUCUGGGUCAUGGCUUUCUCUGUGUGUUUCGCCUUCACCAUCACCAUUGGCACCUUCCCUGCCAUUACUGCUGAUGUCAAGUCCACUAUUGCUAAUGGCAGCUCCUGGGAUCUCUACUUUAUCCCUGUGUCCUGUUUUCUGCUCUUUAAUCUGAUGGACUGGGCCGGCAGAAGCCUGACUGCCGUCUGUAUGUGGCCUGGACAGGACAGUAAGCUGCUGCCUGCGCUGAUGGUGGCUCGUGUGGUCUUCGUUCCUCUGUUCAUGCUCUGUAACGUCCAGCCCCGCAGCUACCUGCCCGUGUUCUUCGAGCACGAUGCCUUUUUCAUUGUCAUCAUGAUCCUCUUUGCUUUCUCCAAUGGUUACCUCGCCAGUCUCUGCAUGUGCUUUGGACCCAGGAAAGUGUUGCCUCAGGAGGCAGAGACAGCUGGAGCAAUCAUGGCUUUCUUCCUGUCUCUGGGCUUGGCUCUCGGGGCAGCUUUGUCCUUCCUGUUUCGUGGACUUGUCUAA